UCCACACACACACACACUCACACACACACACACACACACACAUAUAGAGUGGUGAGUUAGGAGGGAGACACAGUUGACCGUCCCCAACACAGCGAGGAGAGGAGAGGAGAGGAGAGACGAGCGAGGCCGGUCCCAAGCCAGGCCAAACACAGUGAGUGAGGACAGGAGCGGCUCAGAGUCAGCCCAGCAUGGAUCCCAAUCUAGAAGAGAAAUAUUCAUUUCUAGUAGAAUGGUACGAUACAAUUGCAUCUAUAAUUCGGCGUUACCAACUUCUUUAUUAUCUAAAAGAUGGAUCUAUUGAAAUGUAUGAUAUGAAGAGCCAUCGUCUUUUUCUGAAACGAACCAAGUACGAGGAUGUGCAUGAGGAUGACUUAUUCCUUGGGAACAAACUUAAAGUCUAUGGCCGUCUUCUUUUAUUGGCAGAUUAUGGGGACCAAUAUACUGCUCGCAUACUGAGUACUAGGAAACAAAGAACCCUGGGUAUAAUAAAACCAAAUUAUGAGGCCAAAGUAGGAAAAAUAAUUGACAUGAUUUACAGAUCAGGUCUGACAAUAACAAAGGCAAAAAUGACAAACAUAACACGCGAUCUUCUGCAAUAUUUUAUCUGUGGCCCUGGCAUUGCAUUGGAAAUUAUGGGAGAUCAAGCUAUAACUAGCUGGAAGAAGCUACUUGGAAUUGUUGAUGAAAACAAACCUUCAAGUGAAUCAACAGAAACCAUCCAAAAGCUUUAUGGCAUCAGUGAUAUUAGAAAUGCUGUUCAUGCUUCUAAUUGUGUUUCGUCUGCAGCUCGAGAGUUGGAGAUUUUCUUCCCAUCAGGCUUCGGUUUAGGACCAUCAAAUACAGCAAAGUGUAUUGACUGCACUUUAUGCAUUAUUAAGCCCCAUGCUGUUGCUGAAGAGCUGACUGGAAAGAUUAUGAAUACCAUUGAGGAAUCAGGAUUUAACAUCAAUGCGCUUCAAAUGUUUAAUGUGGACCCAAUGAAUGCAUCAGAGUUCUACGAGGUAUACAAAGGAGUUGUACCUGAACACAAUGGUAUGGUGAUGGAACUCUCCACUGGGCCUUGUAUUGCCUUAGAAAUCCUACAAGGACCUGAUGUAACAAAAACAUUUAGAGCAUGCUGUGGACCAGCUGACCCUGAAAUUGCUCGCCAUUUACGACCUAACAGUCUACGUGCUCUUUAUGGAAAAAACAAGAUUCAGAAUGCAGUCCAUUGUACUGAUCUUCCUGAAGAUGGAGUUCUAGAGGUGCAGUAUUUUUUCAAGAUUCUGGACAGUUAAAGGAGUGGCAGAUCAAACAGUACCUAAAAUUGCAGAAAGUGUGCAUCCAUUUCAAGAAUUGUUUUUCAAGACAAUCAAGUUCAUACGUUUUAUUUUUCUGAUGCUUUAAAACCAGAUUAAAUAUGCACUUACCAAGAGUCCUGGACUCUUGAUAAGUUUACAGAUGUUACAUUGCAUUUGCACUUUUACACCAUGAACACCAUCCUACUGCAUGGGAUACUGCAUUACUGCAUCAAAUAAAGAUUAUACAAUUUUA